UAUAUAAAUACUUUUACGGUAUUUACGGCAACUCUGCCAAGAUGACAUGGUCAAUGCGAAAAGGUAUCUGGUCUUGGUGUGAAAUUCAUUGAGGGCAGAGUCGGAGGAAUUCAACAACGUGAGUGACUAAGAUGGACAGUAAAGAAUAGGAAUUGGUUCUGCGAAUGACAGAGACAAACGAGAUGGAAGAAAUUGUAUGUAAUGUGGCUUAACAACAACCUUCGAUCCCACCGUCACACAGCAGCUAAUCGUUACACAUAUACUUGGUUGCGGUGGCUGCCUCGUCUAUAAUGCAUUUUGAGAUCGACUGAUAAUUUAUUGAGUAACUUUUCGACGGUGUAUGGGUUCUCUGAAUUUUCAAAUUUCCUCCUAACCAGCACACACGCACAAGCAGUGAAAGCACAAAGCCUGCUCCCUGACACUAUUUUCCAUUUGGUGACAUGUGUCGCCCAAUGUUAAAUUCAAAAGACAGGAACCUGUCUGUCUAGAAGAGAAUGCUUGUCAGGAAAAAUGGCGAAUCAGCAGAUUUGUCGCCGCCUGAAUAAUAUCCAAUGUGACAAAGGAACGAGCGACGAUGAAAGCAAGAGCAAGAUGCUGCUCCUUUGGAAAUGAAAGUGCUCUCCUCCACAUAAGGGAGGAGAAUUGGCGGCAAAAGGGGGAGGAUGGGGGCCUCUUCAACCAAAAAGAAAAUAUCAUCUGCCAAUCGAAGAUUAAGGGAAAGAUCGCGACUUUCUUUCCUCUUUGUCAUUUUCUUCUUCUGCCUUUUCAGCCUAAUUUUCCUUUGUACCCUGAUGACAGACGGGAACAAGCACGUAUUGAAGGACGAAAAUGACCUGGUUGUAGACGGAGAGACAGAAGACUACUCGAAUUGGGAUAUCUCCUACGAAGAAGUUCCUACUUCCAAUGCUCUUGGGUCUACUUCCAAUGUUAAUUCAGAGACUCAUUACUCCAAGACAAAGCUGGCAGACCGGGUUUCCACCGAGAGACAGAACAGGAAUGAUAAUAAGCAUAACAACAAUCAAGAUGGGAGUGAGGACAGCACGGUUCUUCAUUCGCGUACUUUAACAAAUCCUGCAGGAAACAACAUCAGCAGCAGACGCAUCCGAAAAAUCAAUCCUAUUCAGCCGGAUUGGCAGAAAGUCGUGGGAACAAAGGAGCAGUUUUACGUAUAUUCUGCCUACCAUAAUUCACUUUUCGAACACAUCCGCAUCAUUGGAGCCACAAGGACAAAGUCUCAGCAACAUGUAUUCUGCCGCUUUUACGACAACGACACUAGAAUUUACAUCACCGUGAAUGCAACUAUAAAAGUAAUUAGAGAAAACUGGAAUUUGAAGUUCAGUGCUUGUUUUGUAAUCUGCUACAUUCCGGAUAGAAAAACACUCCCUCCGAGAUACGUAUCAGUAAUUUCUAGCUCAUCUGUCACUGCAUCCGCCUCCAACAUUCUUCGAGUCCAGUACGGCCAAGAUAAGACGGACUCGCUGGUGAACUUUUCCGUUUGCGUAAAGCCCAUUCAUUUUAGCUAUGACAGCGUUCUGCCUUUCCUCGAGUGGGUCGAGUUCCACAAGCUCAUGGGGGUAACACGAUUUACCUUCUACAACCACACAAUAGGUCAAUCCGUGGGUUGUGCGAUGAGGGAAUACGGGGAUGAUGACGUAGACUUUGAAGUGCUUCCAUGGUCUUCCCUUCCCUUCGUGUCUCAAAAGGAAAUUCGGACAGAGGGAUUAUUCGCUGCCCUCAACGACUGUGUUUACCGUGCAAGGGGGUCUUCCAAAUAUUUGGUUCUUGUCGACCUGGAUGAAAUGAUUGUUCCGCGCAAGUUGUACAACUACACAAGUCUCCUCGAUAAGUUGGACACCCUCUCAAACAGAAAGAAAAUUGGAGCUUAUUCCUUCCAAAAUGCUUUCUUCUAUUUGCAAUGGAAUGACGAUCAAAGCUUGUUCAAAAUUGAAGGUAACCCUUUGGCGGAGAGAGUCAGCAAAAAAUUAUUGAGCCUUAGAAAAACAAGAAGAAGAUCAAGGUUGCAUCCUCAUAAGCAACGAUCAAAAUACAUUUGCGAUCCAGAAAAGGUUGUGGAAGCUGGAAAUCAUUUUGUGUGGGAAAUGGCCACGGGUUAUUUUACACUUUCGGUUCCAGCUCACCUUGGAUCGCUACACCAUUACCGUGUGUGCGAAUUUGGAGGUGACCAGUGUACGAAAAACCCCUUCAUCGUGGACAAAUCCUCCCACAAUUUUGGCCAGCAACUGGCUAUCAGGGUAGCUGAUAAGCUAAAGACAUUGGCCUCAAAGUGUCAUUUUGAUAUAGAUAAUGUUAUUGAUUCUCACCAAACUCAGCGUGGCGAAUCCACUACGACAAAGAAUGUUAGCAACAAAAAACCACUAGGGUUGUAGUAAUCAACGACAUUCCGAUUUUUCCGAGUUGCAUUACAAAUGUCACACUGGUCAAGAUUUUCUUUACCAGAAUUUCUUAUUCGUUAGAAAUACUUGGAUUCUUUGGAUUACCUUACAUAUUAUGCGGAACGUAAAAUUUUGAGACUGCACAGUUCAUGUUACUUGUUGUAUCAUGCAUGAAUGAGUGGUGAAUUGAGAGGUGAUGACAAAUUGAUUGGUUUUACCCGUUCUCUUCCAUUUGAAGUAGAUUAUCUAUGGAUAACUGAAAUAUAUUACGUAUUCAUCGAACAUUUGAAAUUCUACUAUGUAGAUUUACGCUCACAUGAAUGAAGGUCCACGAAAAUAUCUGGAAAAUGAUUGAUCGAUUGUUAAAUAUCAUAAAGUUUACAUGGAUAGUAAAUUUAUGUACGUACUAUAAGCCUUUUUUUGAUAAGGUGACACUGGAAUUUAGAAAUUGUUAUUGUCAGCCAUGUAAACGGAUGUGUAUUAUUUUGUUCGAUUCUGUGAUACAAGUAGAGAACUCACGACAAGACAAUACUCUGUAUAAUUACAUGAUCUUACCUAAUACUAAAAUAGUAAUAACACUAAAUGACAUCACUUUGUACGGAAUUUUGUUUAAUAGUUGGUUAUUUCUUAUCUACACUGUUUGUUUGUGAUUGUAAUUACCUUUACUAAAUGCAAUUUUUGUAUUUCCAAAGAAUAUCAUCACUUUUGAUUUUUGGUGGGCAUAUCAUCAUAAUUAAAAGAUGUCAAAAUAAAAGUUACACUAUGUAAA